AGUUGUUCCUGCUCAGUGUUGUAGAAAAAGUGAAAAGUGAACAUUUCUUUUUAAAAACGUAGCUUAAAAUAUUUUAUAAUAAAUACAUUGUGCCUCGUCCUUUUGUGUAACGUUUAUUCAAAUAGUUUAUAUUGACCAGGGAGGUAGAGAAAUUUAAUUGCUUUGCAUGAAGUGAAGGAAUUUAGUUAUGUGGUGUUUUUCAUGCGUCUCAUCUGAUACUAACUCAGGAAUCGUCUACACUAAACAUACAAAAAGUAGCUAAACGCUGGUUUUUGAAAGGAUACUGAUCAAAGUUUAAGGCGUAACAAACAACAUCCUAAGUAGAGUACGAGUUUACCGAAAACUACGAAUAUUAAAGAACCAAUGGCGACAAUUCGCAAGAAGUUAGUUAUCGUUGGCGACGGUGCUUGUGGUAAAACAUGCCUCCUCAUAGUCUUCAGUAAGGAUCAGUUUCCAGAGGUCUAUGUCCCAACAGUCUUCGAGAACUAUGUCGCAGAUAUAGAAGUUGAUGGCAAACAGGUGGAACUGGCUCUAUGGGAUACAGCUGGACAAGAAGACUACGAUAGACUCAGGCCGCUGAGUUAUCCAGAUACAGAUGUCAUUUUAAUGUGUUUUUCAGUCGAUUCACCCGACUCGUUAGAAAAUAUUCCAGAGAAAUGGACACCCGAAGUAAAACAUUUUUGUCCAAAUGUCCCUAUCAUCUUAGUGGGAAAUAAGAAAGAUCUUCGAAAUGACCCCAACACAAUUAGAGAUUUAGCUAAAAUGAAGCAAGAACCUGUGAAGCCACAAGAAGGCCGUGCCAUGGCCGAGAAAAUUAAUGCUUUUGCUUAUUUGGAAUGUUCCGCCAAGUCAAAGGAAGGUGUUAGAGAUGUUUUCGAAACGGCUACUAGAGCUGCCCUACAAGUCAAAAAGAAGAAGAAGACCAAAUGUCUUUUGCUCUAAGAGAGCAACUACGACAUCAAAUGUGGAUUUGAUCGAUGUUUCAUCUUUUAUUAUUAUUUUAUUUUAUUUUACAAUUUUUGAAAAAUUAUAUAUAUUAUAUUUAAAAAAACAACAAAAAUCAAAUCAAAAACAAGCCCAGCAGCAACAGAAACAGUAACAGUAACAACUACUACAACAACAACAAAAUAAAUGUAAAUGAAACAAACGAGAAACAAUUCGUACAGAAAAUAAAAUGAAUAACGUUUAUUUAACAUCUACGAUUACAAUUAAAUGGGAAAGCAAAGCAAAACAAAGCAAACAAAAACAACAACAACA